AUCAGUCGAGAGCAACUGUGAGGUUAAGCAAGAGGCGCAUCCAAUUAUCAAACUACAUGGAGUACAAUAUCACCACUGAACCAGCAGCCUCUUCCUCUUCUCCUUCCACCCAUCAAUGGAAAUAUGACGUCUUUCUUAGUUUUAGAGGUGCGGAUACACGCGUCAGCAUUGUAGACCUUUUGUACAGCAGCUUGCUCAACUGGGGAAUUGACACCUUCUGGGAUGAAGAUCAACUCAAAAGAGAAGGAGAUAUACCAAGAGAGAUUUUUGAAGCAAUUGAAAAGUCAAGGAUUUCUGUCGUCAUAUUCUCUAAAAACUAUGCCUCCUCAACUUGGUGCUUGGACGAGCUUGCUAAGAUCAUUGAAUGUAAGAAUUCACAGCAGCAAAUUGUUCUGCCGAUUUUUUACGACGUGAAUCCCUCAGAUGUAAGAAAGCAAACGGGCACUUUUGGUGAAGCAUUUGUUGAACAUGAAGUCAGAUUCAAGGAUGAUUUGGGGAAGGUGUCGCGAUGGAAGGCGGCUCUUACGGAAGCAACAAAGUCGUUUGUUGAUGAAAUUAAGGAUUUUCCACUUUUUCCCAAUGAUUUUCUGGAAGCACCAGGGUUGGCUGGGAUGGUUGUAAAAGAUGGGUAUGAUGGAUACAAAUUUAUUAAUGCAAUCAUUGAAAAGAUUUUACGACAAUUAAAGCGUACCUAUUUGGCAUAUGAGACUGACUAUCUAGUUGGAAUAGACUCUCGCCUGCGAGAAGUGAAUGAUCUUUUAGGUGUUGGAGUAGAUGCUGUUCGCAUGGUAGGUAUAUCGGGGAUUCGUGGAAUGGGUAAGACAAUACUUGCUAAAGCUAUUUAUAAUCAAGUUGCCCAUAAGUUUAAAGCUUCCUGCUUUUUGGGAAAUGUUAGAGAAAAUUCCAAGGGACCAGGAGGCUUAGUCGAUGUACAAAAGAGUCUUCUUUAUGACAUUCCCGGGCUGAAUGUACCGAGAGUCACAAAUGUUGAUUCAGGAGUCAAUAUCAUUAAGAGUAGGUUGCACGGCCAAAAGAUUCUCCUAAUUAUUGAUGAUGUGGAUCAAUUGGACCAGUUAAAAUACUUAGCUGGAAGCUCUGAUUGGUUUGGUGCCGGCAGUAGAAUUAUCAUAACAACAAGGGAUGAAGAUUUGCUUCAUGCUCAUGGAGUUCCGUUCACGUACCAAGUGAAGAAGAGUUCCGGAUGA